UUGCAGGUAGUUGGAAUCGAUGCUGAAGCAAAACGUGUACGAUAUGUCAACAAAACCUCGAAUGAAGUAAAAGAUCUAGACUAUGAUAUUCUGCUAAAUGCUGCGCCAAUUGAUUUGCUCGUCAAGGAGACCAAAAUCUGCCCAGAAAUUAAUGUGGACCACAAUAAGGUUUUCAUCGUUGGUGUUGGUCUCGAGAAGCCCAUGACCGAAUUCGUGGAGAAAUUCACAUGGCUCUAUUUCCCCGAUCCUAAUGUGCCAUUCUUUCGCGUAACAAUUCUCAGUCGAUAUGGAGAGGUGACGCCGGACAGUAACAAGUACUGGUCGGUCAUGUGCGAAUGUGCACGACCAAUUGAUGAUCCAGUGAGUUUAUUAUAG